AUGGCUGCCGGAGGAAUUGAAUCAAAAAACAAAGCCUGUGUAAUUGGAGGCGCAGGUUUCCUGGCAUCUUUCCUCGUCAAGCUACUUCUCCAGAAAGGCUACUCGGUGAAUGCCACCGUUCGGGAUCCUGACAACCAGGAAAAGAUUGCUCACCUCUUGGCGUUGAAGAGUUUAGGAGACUUGAAAAUUUUCAGAGCAGAUUUAACUGAAGAAUCCAGUUUUGAUGCCCCUGUAUCUGGUUGCGACCUUGUCUUUCACGUUGCUGCUCCAGUCAACUUUGCGUCAAAAGAUCCAGAGAAUGACAUGAUCAAACCUGCGAUUCAAGGAGUUACAAACGUUCUAAGAACAUGUGCAAAAUCAGGAACGGUGAAAAGGGUAGUUUUGACCUCCUCAGCUGCAGCUGUAACCAUCAAUAAUGACCUGAGUGAUACAGGACUUGUGAUGGAUGAAGGAAAUUGGUCCAAUGUGGAUUUUCUUUAUUCUGCAAAACCCCCUACUUGGGGAUAUCCUGUUUCUAAGACAUUAGCUGAAAGGGCGGCCUGGAAAAUCGCUGAAGAAAAUAACAUUGAUCUCAUCACUAUAAUUCCAAGCCUAAUUUCUGGUCCUUCUCUUACCCCUCAAAUUCCAUCAAGUGGCAACCUUGCCAUGUCAUUGAUCACAGGAAAUGAGUUUUUGAUUAAUGGCUUGAAAGGGAUGCAAAUGCUGUCAGGAUCAAUCUCCAUUACACAUGUAGAAGAUGUGUGUGAAGCCCACAUAUUCUUAGCUGAAAAAAAAUCGGCUUCCGGUCGCUACAUUUGCUGCGCUGUCAAUACCUCUGUUCUUGAACUCGCAACGUUCUUGAGGGAAAGAUAUCUUGAGGAGCACCGGAUUCCUGUCGAUAUUGGAGGGUUACCAUCAAAGGCAAAGUUGAUGAUUUCCUCGGAUAAACUUAUGAAAGAAGGCUUCAAAUUCAAGCAUGGACUUGAAGACAUUUAUGAUGAUACUUUAGCAUAUUUCAAGGCUAAAGGAGUGUUGCACCAGUAA